AUGAGGAAUACACUCAUGCAAAGGAGCAACAGCAAGAGAUGCAGCAGCAAUACUCAGGCCACUAGCACUCUCAGCAGGAAGACCCCAGGGUCCUCCAUACCCACAGGAUACUCAGUACUCACACCCAAUCUGAUAUCCCAGUGGGAACAAGAGGAGGAACUGCAGACAGUGAAGAAAGAACUUAUCCAGGGCAUCUGUAUGGAGCAGCACCAGGAAGGGUUUGAGUCUCUACUUAAUACUAAGGAAUUAGUUGCUCUUCAAGACAACAAUGGAGAAAAACCAUAUGAAUGUAAGGAAUGUAUAAAGGCCUUCAAUUGUUCCUCCAUGUUCAGAGCACAUAUAAAAAUUCAUAGUGAAAAGGCAAACUAUGAAUGUAAGGAAUGUGGGAAGGCCUUCAGUUGUCCCUCUUCCUUUAAAGCACACGUGAGAGAUCACAAUGGUAAGGUGCAAUAUGAAUGUAAGGAGUGUGGGAAGGCCUAUAGUCAUUCCUCAUCCCUCACUGAACACCUAAGAACUCACAGUGGAGAAAAGCCUUAUGAGUGUAAGGAAUGUGGGAAGGCAUUUCGACAUUCUUCAUCCCUUACUAUACAUGCAAGACUGCAUACUGGAGAAAAACCCUUUGAAUGUCUGGAGUGUGGAAGAGCUUUCCGUACUCCCUCAUCCUUUGGGAUACAUGUGAGAAGCCAUACUGGAGAGAAACCAUAUGAAUGUAAGGAAUGUGGGAAAACCUUCAGUAGUUCUUCCCAUCUUACAGUACAUAGAAGAACUCACACUGGAGAGAAACCUUAUGAAUGUAAAAAAUGUGGGAAAGCCUUUAUUCGUUGGUCAGGUCUUAGUAGCCACUUGAGAACUCACACUGAGGAAAAACCCUAUGAAUGUAAGGAAUGUGGGAAGGCAUUUCGACAUUCUUCAUACCUUACUAUACAUGCAAGAAUGCACACUGGAGAAAAACCCUUUGAAUGUCUGGAGUGUGGAAGAGCUUUCAGUUCUGCCUCAUCCUUUCGGAGACAUGUGAAAAUCCAUACUGGAGAUAAACCAUAUGAAUGUAAGGAAUGUGGGAAAGCCUUCAUUAGUUCUUACUAUCUUACAGUGCAUAGAAGAACUCACACUGGAGAGAAACCUUAUGAAUGUAAAAAAUGUGGGAAAGCCUUUAUUCGUUUCUCAGCUCUUAGUAUCCACGUGAGAUCCCACACUGAGGAAAAACCCUAUGAAUGUAAGGAAUGUGGGAAGGCAUUUCGACAUUCUUCAUCCCUUACUAUACAUGCAAGACUGCAUACCGGAGAAAAACCCUUUGAAUGUCUGGAGUGUGGAAGAGCUUUCAGUUCUCCCUCAUCCUUUGGGAUACAUGUUAGAAGCCAUACUGGAGAGAAACCAUAUGAAUGUAAGGAAUGUGGGAAAGCCUUCAGUAGUUCUUCCCAUCUUACAGUGYAUAGAAGAACUCACACUGGAGAGAAACCUUAUGAAUGUAAAAAAUGUGGGAAAGCAUUUAUUUGUUUCUCAGCUCUUAGUAUCCAUAUGAGAAUCCACACUGAGGGAAAACCCUAUGAAUGUAAGGAAUGUGGGAAGGCAUUUCGACAUUCUUCAUCCCUGACUAUGCAUGCUAGAAUGCACACUUGAGAAAAACCCUUUGAAUGUGUGGAGUGUGGAAGAGCUUUCAGUUCCCCCUCAUCCUUUGGGAUACAUGUGAUUAGCCAUACUGGAGGAAAACCAUAUUAAUGUAAGGAAUGUGGCAAGCCUUUAUUUGUACAGCCUACUUUUGAAGAUGUGAACAUUCACACAAGGGACAACAUAUAAAUGUAAGGAGUAAGGGAAUCUCUGCAAGACUUUUUCUGAACUAAUGCAAUUUGUGAAGUCUCAUUUUGUGAAGUCUCAUACUGUAGAGACAUUAUAAAUGUGAGA